AUGGAGGCGCGUCGCCCAUGGCCGGUCACCGUGGUGGUGGCCAUCUUCCACAAGCCAGGCGGACUUUUUGGCAGCCAGUGGCAGAUCCUGGGGCCCUUCCGGCUUGGGACGCGAGAGGCCAUCUGGGGAGCAGACCCGUUGGAAAAGGAAGGCGGCUUUCGCAGUCGGCAAUAUGAUCCCGAGGCCACAUUCAACAGCGCUCUCCCCACGAAUGGGACCGUGAAAUGGGCGGACACUCAGGCUGACCUCGAUUCCUCGGCCAGCCAGACGAAGGUUGCCCUUACAGUGAGCUUUCCCGAGGUCAAUUGGGGUUUCUUGCAAUCCGUCUAUGGCUGGCCUGCCCUCCAAUAUCAGGCAUGGGCGCGCGGGGCCUUGGAUAUCCUGGGCGUCGAGGACCAGACGGUUGCCCUCUGGGCCGGUGGCCUCUUAGAGUUCUGGGUUGAUGGCAAACAGCACUUUGGAGGCGAUCUCUAUCAGUACCGCAGAGCUCCCAGCCUGAUACGGCUGUCUCCGGGGCCCCAUGUAGUCGAUCUGCGGUUGACCCGCGACGUCCGGGCCCAGGGAGGGUUGGAUAGUAGCAUAGGAGUGCUGAUCGAAGCCGAGCUGCGAGAUGAGCCCAUCACUGUGGACCAACGUAGCCUGGUGGUAUCUGAGCUGACCGGCGGGAAAUUGGGAGGUUCAUGGGCCUCGGUUCAUUUGCAGAACAACAGAGCUGCUCCGGUCGAAGUCCUGUCCAUUAGUGCUCCCAAGACCCAGCAUCGCUUGUCUCUUGCAAGGGCUCCGGAAGUGGCGGGGUAUCAAACUAGGCCAUUGACGUUCAACAUUUCCCUGGCCGAGUCAAAUACAAAUCGAUUUGCGGUACACGUUGAGUACCGGCUUGCUGGACACAAGGACGGACCGACCAGGAUUCUGCCAUUUGAUAUCAGUCUAACAGAGAAACCUUUGUCCGAAGCCCAACGAUUCACUUAUCUUCACCCGUCGAGUGGUGUCUCGUAUGCCAUCUUACGACCUCCUCCGGCCUCUUGUAACAUUUUGCACGGAUCCGCUGCCUUGCCAGUGAUUCUUGCUCUCCAUGGGGCGGGGCUGGACGUGGACAGCGCGGAGGCUCGCGCCAUGUUGGACGGAGCAUAUGGAGUAUGUGCCUGGAUGUUGUUUCCAAGUGGUGUCACCUCAUGGAGUGGCGAUGACUGGCAUCAUUGGGGCAACGCUGAUGCGCAGGAGGCACUCUCUGCCAUCCCGGAGUGGAUGGCCAAUGUUGGAUGGAAGGGCCCGAGGGUUUCCUUGCAUGAUUUGAUCCUUACCGGUCAUUCCAACGGCGGCCAAGGAGCGUGGUAUUACGCCACACAUUACCCUGAUCAAGUCGCUGCUGUAGCCCCCGUGUCAGGCUACACUUCCAUUGAGAGUUUGUCCAUCCCUCUCAUCGAGAGCAUGUGGCAAAAUCUCGAGCCGUCACUCUUGGCCGUGCUGCUCCGCUCUCGGGCUUCCUACAAGCACGAGUUGCUGUUGGAGAACUUGGCGGGGAUUCCAGUGGUGCAGCAACAUGGCUCUGAUGAUGAUAACGUGCCUGCAUAUCACUCGCGUCUGAUUCACGAGCUGCUGGGUCAGAUCUCCUGGCCAUCAAAGUACAACGAGCUUCUGGGAGCUGGCCAUUGGUUUCCCGGUGUGUUGACAACCCCGUUCCUCCAACAGUUUUACCACGACGUGGCCGCCAGACCGCGAAACUCGGCUGAAAUCCCCAUCAACUUCACCAUCACGAUCCCUGCCACCGGUGUUAUCGGGCCCAAAGCUGGGAUCCAGGUAGACCAGCUGCAGUCGCCCGAUGAGAAUGGUGAAAUGGCCAUCUUUCGCCAUUCUGAGAGUCGAACGUGGGAUGUGCGUAGUCGCAACAUCCGCCGAUUCCACCUGACAGACGUGGCUCGUCAGAUCGAGAUGCCGGAUGUCGUAAUCCUGGGUGAUACCCAAUUUGCUGUGGAUCAUGGCCAACUUGGCCAGACUUGGUACCUGCAAGAUACCCCGGGGAAGUGGACCGCUUCUCAUGAUUCCAGUUGGCGGUCGAUCUCUGCGCGAUAUGGUCGCCAACUGGGGGGAAUUGAUGCCUUGUUACGCUCUGAUGGCAGGUUUCAGAUCAACCUGUGCUCGGCUGGCGUCCAGAACGUUGCCCUCCAAAUUAGUCGCAACCUGGUUCAAUAUUUUUCUGCGGAUGCGCACAUCGUUCGCGGAUGCUUCCCAGAGGGUCCAGGGAAUGCCAUCACGCUAGCCGUGGGGGACAAUCUUCCUCCGUCCCAGCUCGACACAUACCCAAUCCAUCCGGACCAGGGUCGCUUGGUGGUUAGUUCGUCCGAAUCCCCGCCGCAUGGAUAUGUAUACGAGCCCGGACUGGGGGCCGUGUUUCUGCGGCCGUUGGUUGACGAGCGUGUGGAGCUCGUCGUCUGGGGUGCCGACCUGGCUGGGUUGCGCCAGGCCGCUCGCCUGGUGCCGACAGUGACUGGCGGGGGCCAACCGGACUAUGCGGUGCUGGGGGACGAAAGUCGCUGGCGAGGUGCGGCGGGAGUGUUGGCUGCCGGUCAUCUGGACUGGUCGUGGCAGGUGUCGCGCAGUUCCUUCUUCCUUAGAUAG